CCUGUCCGCUUUCGGUAUGGCCGGCCGGGCCGCAGAACUUGUGGGAUGCGGGACUGAAAGGCAGCCUUCGUCGAAUUUCAAGUUGAUGAUAGAGGAAGGGAUUGUGAGAACUUCCCUGAAUUCGUUGUUGGCAUUCAUCCGUACCCUCCUGAUUCUUUCAGUUCCUGGCGCGCUGAAAAAAAACCCCACGAUAAGCCCCGCAACAACACCCCAACCCUUCCCGCCAUCCCAAUCUACCGACCAGACCGUGUCCUCACCUCCAUUCUCUUUGAGGUCUUCAAGUCGUUGGUCUUGGGACUUGGCCGAAAAUGAAGCCAAAACGUCAAAGAGCACCGACAGGCCCCUUGGAGCUGGCUAACCGCAAGACCGACGAGCAAUUCAUAGCUGAUUAUUUUCCAUCAAAGUCCGAUGAAACACCAUGGGUGGCAGCGUGGAUUCAUCCACGGACGGGGGUUGAAUACACCAUUAGCCUGGCGCAGUCGGGUCGUCUCUCAGAGGACGACCUCAUGGCUUGUUUUCAAUUGGUUGAGUUGACAAGCCGGAAAGACUACGAGAAAUCGGCCGCAAAAUGGCACCCAGACAAGAAGCUAAAGGAGAUGAGGUCGCCCGAGCUGCGCUACAUUUUGGUGAAGGAGAAGGGCACCGAAACCAUUCGCGGGUUUACAUCGUUCAUGCCAACCUACGAGGAGGGUCAACCGGUCAUCUACUGCUACGAGAUCCAUCUCCAGCCAGACCUCCAGCGGACGGGACUGGGCACAUUGCUCAUGGGUUUUCAUUCAAACGUUGCCUCCAACUUGCCACCCAUCACCAAGGUCAUGUUGACGUGCUUCCUGUCGAAUCAACGGGGACUCGACUUCUACAGGAAAUUGGGGUUUGAAAAAGACGAUAUAUCACCCAGCCCAAGGAAGCUCCGGCACGGAAAGGUCUUCACCCCGGACUAUGUUAUCAUGAGCAAACCCGUUCGCUCGAGUCCUGCCGGCGAGAUGUCAUCUGUCGAAUGACUGUUUUCUUCACUUCAAAUCAAUAACUUUUGAAAAACCGAACUGUUGUUUGGGCGUAUUGUGGGACUGACCGAAUGGAGGAUGGUGACUUGGUCGUCGUACCGAAGAUGGAGGUUGCAGCUAAGUAGUCCUUCCCCUGAUUUGCGCGCCAACAAACAAAACGAGGUUGCAUUGUCAUU